UACUCUCUGCAUAUAACCAACUCCAAUUCCGAUCGAGUUCGACAGGCAUUAACUGUGGACUCCUCGACGUCGAUGAUUCCACCCAUUCCAAAUCGUGCUCCCUAGCCUCGUGCCAGCCACGAUCGCUGUCCAACAUGGCGAACACCACGAUGACAUACAGCGCUGAAUACCUGGCUCAGGAUCGGAGAGCUGUUGUGAACGCCUUCUACUCACUGCCUAUCCCCCUCGAGAUCCUUAGUACUUCCUACAGACUCAUCGUGAAAUCAGGUCCAUAUUCCGAUGGGUACCUCGGAUAUGAUGAUUACCUAAUUGUCUGGGCAACUAUCACUGCUGUGGCAGAAUGUAUUGCUGGACUUGUCUACGGCCCACCACAAGGGCUUGGACGUCAUGUUCAAGCUCUAACUGGUUUCAAUAUAUCGACCUAUCUCAAGGGCGAUUACAUCUUCAGCCACUUCUAUGAUUUCGCCAUUGCUAGCACCAAGCUCUCGAUUCUAGCGCUCUAUCACCGCAUCUUCGUGACGACUCGGGCGAGAGUCGCUAUCUAUAUCACUGCUGCUCUUGUGAUUGCCUGGCUCAUCGAGAUGGAGAUCGUCCUUGGUCUAGGCUGCCAACCUAUUCAAGGCUGGUGGCUUGCUGCUCCUCAUGCGAAAUGUGUCGAUAAAGUGGCAUUUACGUAUUCCACUAACAUUUUGAAUCUCAUCUUCGACCUUUGGAUCUUCUCUAUGCCGAUUCCUAUUAUUAUGAAACUAGAAGUGAACAAGGCUAAACGUAUAGCUCUCUGCUUCCUCUUCUCCAUCGGUCUUGGAGUCUGCGGCCUCAGCAUUGCCCGUUUAUCUGUUGUCUUCUCUGCCGGGUCUGGCGAUGUGACUUGGGAAGAGGUUCCGUUGGGCAUUCUGUCGGCACUAGAGCCAUGUGGUGCCAUUCUAUGCGCAAACCUCCCCAUCAUCUACCGCGAGUUAAUGCGACAAUUCAAGCGCCUUGUAAACAAGGUGAAAGGCUCUAAGGAUGCCAGUACCGGCUCCAAAGAAAUGUUGUCCCCAUAUGAAGCCGCUGGUACUCAAGCAUGGGACCGAGUUGAUAACAGUGGUGGCCCUCCAAAGAAGACAGCCGGAUACCCGAAAUCAUCAGCGACCAGGGGCAACACAGGAGAUAGCGAGCGAGAGCUAACAAAGGACGGGAUCAAGGUUGAACAGGAAUUCGAGCUGCAGUCGACAGGAUCUACGCAGCACUCGAAUAAAAGUAUGGUAUAAGUCGUUCUGAAGUGAUACCUGGGCUGGACAAGAGUAAUGCGAUUAUGAGUAUGGCCAAAUUUCGGGUAUAUUGGGAAAGGAUAACAGCCUAACCCUGGUUGAUAUGUGGAUGGAAUAGUCGGUCUUUGCAUAGCCUAGAUAGUAUGCUUCUUAAUCAUUUUUUCUACUUAUACUUAACUUACGGGCUAAAAAGCCAGUUAUGCGUAGUCUUCAUGGAUCGACCGUUAGCCCAGCCUAGCUACAAACCCCAGCGGUGAAGUAAAGAGGCAGGACUACGGAUGCUCAACGUCGGCUGGCCAGACCACCGCCCGAAAUAGGAGCCGCGUCCAUCAUCGCCCUCCACAAUACCCAACCCACAGGUACACCGAACCAAAUUCCAAUCGAAGGGAGCGAACUGAACGCACAAGGCACGGAAGUCCUAAAAGGAGUGGACAC